UAAAGACCGCGCUCGGCGACCGCGGGCCCCGCACUGCUGAGGAGCGGAGCCUCCGCUUGGGGGGCCCCCCAUCCCUGGCUGUCCCCCCACUGCGCGUCCCCGCCCCACCCCCGCGGCUGAGCCACCACUGUUGCAGUGGUCUCCGCUUGGCGGAGGGAGCCUUGAGCUUCGUUCCACAGCUUCUUUGCAUCUUGAAUUUCGGGGCGGCCCCCUCCCCCACCUCUCCCUGCCUUUUUGUACCCCGCUUUUUUUCUGCAUUCUGCUCGGCUUUUGUAGCCGUCUGCUUUUGCACCCCUUUUCGUUUUGUUUCUAGACGGUUUGGCGAGGGUGAAGCUGCGUUCAUACCCCUUCCUCUUGUUAUUCUCUCCUGCUCUGACAGCACCCCUUUUCAUCGCAGUUGGGGGGCCUAGGAUCGGUGCAUCUUCCGCCGCGCUGCCAGCACCCCGCAGCGCGUGGCCGUGCACCCCGGAAUCUGCAGCAGCUGCAUAUCUGAGGGGGGUCUCCUUUGCCUCCGCCGCCUUUGCUCCCCGCGCUUUUGGUUGUGUGGAGGGCUUCAGCGCGCGGCGCCCCCGCUUCUCCGCAGCCCCCUGCCCCGCGCCGGGACUCGACCCGCGCCGCCAAGAUGGUCAUCCAGAAAGAGAAGAAGAGCUGCGGGCAGGUGGUUGAGGAGUGGAAGGAGUUCGUGUGGAACCCGAGGACGCACCAGUUUAUGGGCCGCACCGGGACCAGCUGGGCCUUUAUCCUCCUCUUCUACCUCGUUUUUUAUGGGUUCCUCACCGCCAUGUUCACCCUCACCAUGUGGGUGAUGCUGCAGACUGUCUCCGACCAUACCCCCAAGUACCAGGACCGACUGGCUACACCGGGCUUGAUGAUUCGUCCCAAGACUGAGAACCUUGAUGUCAUUGUCAAUGUCAGUGACACUGAAAGCUGGGACCAGCAUGUUCAGAAGCUCAACAAGUUCUUGGAGCCUUACAACGACUCUAUCCAAGCCCAAAAGAAUGAUGUCUGCCGCCCUGGGCGCUAUUACGAACAGCCAGAUAAUGGAGUCCUCAACUACCCCAAACGUGCCUGCCAAUUCAACCGGACCCAGCUGGGCAACUGCUCUGGCAUUGGGGACCCCACCCACUAUGGCUACAGCACUGGGCAGCCCUGUGUCUUCAUCAAGAUGAAUCGGGUCAUCAACUUCUAUGCAGGAGCAAACCAGAGCAUGAAUGUUACCUGUGCUGGGAAGCGAGAUGAAGAUGCUGAGAAUCUCGGCAACUUCGUCAUGUUCCCUGCCAACGGUAACAUCGACCUCAUGUACUUCCCCUACUAUGGCAAAAAGUUCCACGUGAACUACACACAGCCCCUGGUGGCCGUGAAGUUCCUGAAUGUGACCCCCAAUGUGGAGGUGAAUGUAGAAUGCCGCAUCAACGCCGCCAACAUCGCCACAGAUGAUGAGCGAGACAAGUUUGCCGGCCGUGUGGCCUUCAAACUCCGCAUCAACAAAACCUGAGGCCCCUUCCUCCCACCCCAUCUCUCUCCUGUGGAUGCUCCUGGAAUGUCCCUGACCCUGCCUGAUCCCUCCCUCACCCACCCCAAAGGUAUUUUUGAUAACAGAGCUAUGACUUGUCUGAGCCUCA